UUUCUGUAGGUGGCGUUGUCAUCAGCCGAUGCCGAGUAAGCUGAUUUGAAAGGAAGGAAUCGUUUGGAGGAAUAAAAAAUGUCUUCAGAAAGAUAUAGUUUUUCUUUGACUACUUUCAGUCCUUCAGGAAAAUUAGUGCAAAUUGAAUAUGCCUUAGCAGCAGUUGCAGCUGGAGCACCUUCUGUGGGAAUUAAAGCUGCUAAUGGAGUUGUGUUAGCUACUGAAAAAAAGCAUAAAUCUGUUUUAUAUGAAGAACACAGUAUUUAUAAAAUUGAAAUGGUAACUAAUCAUAUUGGCAUGGUCUACAGUGGAAUGGGACCUGACUACAGAGUAUUAGUUACACAAGCUAGGAAGAUUGCCCAACAAUAUUUGAUGAUGUAUGAUGAACCAAUACCUACAGCUCAAUUAGUUCAAAAAGUUGCUUAUAUUAUGCAAGAAUAUACACAAUCAGGUGGUGUAAGACCCUUUGGUGUUUCUCUAUUAGUAGCAGGCUGGGAUGAUACAAAACCAUUCUUAUUUCAAUGUGAUCCAUCGGGUGCCUAUUUUGCUUGGAAAGCAACAGCUAUGGGAAAAAAUCAUGUUAAUGGAAAAACAUUUUUAGAAAAAAGAUAUAAUGAAGAAUUAGAACUGGAGGAUGCUGUACACACCGCCAUUCUGACACUUAAAGAAGGAUUUGAAGGUCAAAUGACAGCAGAUAACAUCGAAAUUGGAAUUUGCAAUGAGAACGGUUUUAGGAGGUUGCAGACAUCAGAAGUGAGAGAUUACUUGGCCAACAUUGGUUAAAAUUUGGUUAAUGACUCAAAAGGAGAAAAUCAGUGAUCACUGUUGAUAGUUUUUUUUUUAUUUUAAUAAUAAAAUUUUCUUUAUUUUAAAAUAUACUGAAUUUAAACUCUAAAAAUUUAUUAAAAUU